AUGUCUGCACCAUGUCUGCGUCUCCUCACAAGUAUACUAUUCUUUAUCAUCUGCCACGUGGCAAACGCUCAAAAUGGGGUGAAUGAUGACGUCACUACAGUAGCCGCUAUUCUGGAUUCAGCGACGACGGGGGUGGCGGAUAAUUCGACGGUUCCACCAGCCUCCACAAAUAACAACAAUACAAAUCAAGGACUCAAGACCCCAACUAUCUUCGGAAUGCGUGUAGAGCUCCCUGCUGAUGAUCCAUUUGGUUAUGACAAACACGGUGUCUGCUCCGUCGCUCCUGAAGAGGAAUUCAAAGUAGUCAUUUAUGGAAACCAUCUCGACAAAAUCCACCAAAUCAUCUGGACCUUUACCAAUAACUGCUCGGAGCCAGCCUAUGUGAUCGAUGCAUUGAACCAUUUCAAGACACAUUUCAACCACAAGGCAACAUUCCACCUGACUCUGAAACUGCUGCCAGAGAUGGUGCACGCUUAUAAGAUGUGUGUAAAGCCAAAAGUUGCUCUAGGAGCACCACCAGUUGGGGAGAUUUAUCCGAUCGAUGACAUUUCCACGUGGCUUACUACAGAGCGUCCACCAAAAGAAUAUUUCCUUCCACUUCCUCUUCAAAUUGCUUGUAUUGGAUUCCUUCUUGUUCUCUCCGCCCUUUUCUCCGGAUUGACACUCGGAUUGAUGUCUUUGACUCCCCAGGAAUUGGAGCUUGUCAUUAAGUCAGGAGCAGUAAAAGAGCAAAAAUGUGCCAAAAAGAUUUUACCGAUUCGAAAAAAGGGAAAUCUCCUCUUGUGCUCUUUAUUGCUGGGAAAUGUCAUUGUAAACUCGGCAAUUUCUAUUCUGAUGGGAGAGUUGACAACAGGAAUCUAUGCUUUGAUUGGGUCUACGCUGGGAAUCGUUAUUUUUGGAGAGAUUCUACCGCAGAGUAUUUGUGUUAAAAAAGGUCUCGAAGUGGGAGCUCACACCAUCUCCAUUACUCAGCUCUUCAUUAUGCUCACUUUUCCAAUUGCUUGGCCAGUAUCGAAACUUUUGGAUUGCUUGUUGGGAGAUGAAUACCAAGCAUACGACCGCAAGCGUCUUAUGGAGCUCAUCAAGAUGUCUAUCACAGACAACGGACAAGUUUCGAAUGAACUGAAAAUCGCUGUGGGAGCCAUGGAAAUCGCUGAUAAAGUUGUGAGGAAUGUGAUGACAAAGAUAGAAGACGUGUUCAUGCUUCCCGAUACCACUAUUCUCAACGCCAAGACAGUCAUGGAGAUUGUGAAGAUGGGAUACACUCGGAUUCCAGUCUAUCAAUACGGAGAUAAGAACAAUGUGACCGAUAUGUUGUUCGUGAAAGAUCUGGCUCUCCUGGAUCCAGAUGACAACUUCACAGUGAAGACAGUCUGUGGAUAUCACAAACAUCCCGUGAAAUUUGUGAUGAACGACACGCCACUUCCAAAUCUAUUAGAGGCAUUCAAGAAGGGAGAGGGACACUUGGCGAUGGUGAAGAAAUUGAUAGAUACGGAUGACGGACACGAUCCGAGUUAUGAGUUGGUGGGAGUCGUCACUCUGGAGGAUAUUGUCGAGGAGAUCUUACAAGCCGAGAUCAACGAUGAGUUCGAUAUUGUGACUGACAACGUGAACAAGGUGAAGAUAAAGAAGGAUCAGAAUAGAGAUGCAACGAAGUACUUUGGGGAUCACGAAGCUCCACAAACUAUGAUUUCAAUGCAGCUCCAAAUGGUUGCUCUCCAAUGGCUAGUCUCCAACGAACGCGCAUUCCGCCAAGAGUUCCUCGAUACCAACGUCCUCGAACGUCUCAUCCGAAGCAGUGCCCGUCGCGUCGACGUCUCCGCUCUCAUGGCGAUGGGCGACGACGCAAUCAACGUUCCCCGCCUUGCAAAAGUCUACCAGAAAGAUGAGCCAAGUGACAAGUACAUUCUGAUCCUCGAGGGCCGUAUUCAAGUAACAAUCGGUGCGAGUGGAAUGAUGUUUGAAGCAGGUCCAUGGCAUCAUUUCGGAGGGGAGAUUAUGGCAAAAAUGGUGGAGGGAGCAGCGACACUCGGAAGGAGCAUGAGUAUUGUAGGGACGUCGGAUUUGUCGGCGAGACGGCCUGAUCUGAUGUUCAGACCUGAUUACUCGGCUGUCGUCAAGGAGGAUUGUACUUACUUGGAGAUAUCAGUGUCUGCUUUUAUCAAUGCCUACAAGGCUUCGUUGAUGCAAAGGGAGAGACCGUUAAACGACCUCUCCGACGUGUCGCACAACUCAUCCGCCCAUGGAUCCCAAAUCUCAUUGGCCGAAAAAGCGGGACCAAUAACUGAUCCAUCCGCCAUGCUUGUACCCGAAAAUGUCAGAAAGCCAUCGAUAGUUUCUGUGGACACAACUCCGCGGAUUCUGAAUCUGAUUGGACAGCAUCCAGCACCGGUGGCCGAGGAGGAAGAAAUGUCACUGCUGGACAAAGCCUAA